AUGCAAACGAAACCCGUCAAAGGGAGAAUAGAAUCCAAGCAGUUUGGAAUUAUCAGUGAGAUCGGCGAUUUGUUGCCAACAUCGUCAUAUAAUUCGAGGUGCAUGGAUUUGACGGAAGUACCACUUUUUCCACAGCUUCUCCUUCAUUGCCUCUACCGUAAGCUGAAGGGAGAAACGAAUAUCGGAGUUGAAAGUUUUGAGAUUAGAAUGAGUAACGCGCAAAAGGACAGACUCGUCCACUUCGAUUUUUUUGCAAGCUCGACGCCAUUUACAAACUCGGUGGGCAACACGAGACUGCCAAGUUUGACAGAUUUGGUUAUGGAUCAAGAGAGUCGCUUCUGCGGUUCGGGAAGAUUUGCAGAUUUGAUGUUUUUAUAUGAUUUUAAAGAUUUGUACACAGGUUUUAAGCUUUUUGCAAGUUGA